AAUACAACAAAUUAUUUUAAAACUAUAUUUCAGUAAUAAUACGAAUUUUAAAAAUUGUGAAUACCUCUAAAUUUAAAAGAAGUUACUUCACGAACAACAAAAAAUACCAAAGAGAUGAAUGAGAAUUGUACUUGUCUUCGUCAAAAGGAUAACGAUAAUCACCUUAAUAACAACUUAACAUUGAAAUUUGUAAUUGAAGGGUCAUCGGAUAAGAUCAUUCCGAUAUGUGACAAGAUGCAUGAAGAAAAUCAAACGUGUUACAAGAUUCAAUGUUGUAAAACAUCAUCGGAAAGUCUAGAAUCGAACAAUAGUCAUGUUUGUUGUAAAUUCAAAAAAAUAACAAAUAAAUGUAGUUCUGCUAAGAACACUAAACCCUGCUGCAGUUGUAAAACGGUUGACACUUGUUCAUCAAACCAGAGUAUGAGCUCUAAACCUAGUGAAACUAUUAGUACAAUAUGUAAAAAACUUUCUUGUAUUAUCAAGAGAGUCGGUCAUCUUAUAGAUUCAUUACCGAAUCAGGAUGACUCAUCGAAGGAUUGUUCUGCCACUGAUAUAAGUCCUCCCGUCGGAGUAAGUGGUUCAAAGUCGUCGUGUAACAAACACCCGGUUAAAAACGAGUGUGAGAACCCGUUACCAAAAGCGAAUAUUGAUGAAAUGUCUGUUAAAAACUUAUCAGAAAGUAAAGUUCAACCAACGCAAUGUAAGGCACAAUGUCCAUUGGUUGUUCCCACUAAAGAAAAUGUAAUUAACAUAACAGAUUUUGACAAGAAAUUGGAUUGCGACAAGAAAUUAGAUUGCGACAAGAAGUUAGAUUGCGAUAAGAAAUUAGAUUGUGACAAGAAAUUAGAUUGUGACAAGAAAUUAGAUUGCGACCAGAAAUUAGAUUGUGGUGACAAGAAAUUAGAUUGCGAGUUGCAAUCGAUAGAUUUAUGUACAGAUGAGAUAGAAGAUAAAAAUCAACAACAAGACUGUACUAUUGAUAAUAAAAUCGUCUAUACCGAAAAGCCUGCCAAACCUAAACCAUUCGUAACUCCAGUUAAAGUUACUAAAAACAUAACUAAACCAAUUGUUUCAGUUAUUUCAAACAAACCAAAACAGGGAACAUGUUCGGAUCAGUUUAAAGUCAAACAAGCUGUAAAAAGAAAACUAUAAACAAGUCUAUUCAAUGGUAAAUUUAGAAUAAAGACCAUUACAGAAAGAAAAACAAUUUAUUAAAUAUAUAUAUAAUAUAUAUAUAUAUAUAACGAAUACAGUAAAAACACUGGAAACAAUAUUUUAUUCGAAAAAUAAGUUUUAUACAAAUAGUUUUUGUUUUAAAGGUUUUAAAAAUAUAGAAACGAAAAUCAUA